AAAAAUUGGCUGAAUAAAAGCUAAAUAUUUAAAGAAUAUAAGUUCAAAUAGAUUGUCUUUUUAUGGUAUUUUUCGAGUGUAAACACAAGUAGAAAGAUAGAAAAUGUCUUUAAAUGGUGCUGAAGAUCCUGAUUUUUGUGAAAAUUUGGAAGAUUAUAAUGAAGAAAUAGUCCGGAAUGAAGAUAUAGAAAAAUCUGGUUUAAAAAUGUCACAUGUUAAUUUAGAAGAACAAAUAAAAGAAACGGUUCCUUUGACGGAUGAAGAGAAGGCAUGUAAGAUUAAAGAGCUUAAAGAAAAAUUGAAUGAAAAACGUAUGCUUCAAAAGAUUCGGGAAGAACAGGAGGCUCGUGAAAAUGAACUAAUUCGUCGUAAAAGAGAUCGGGAAUAUGUGCAAUUAAUCGAAGAACAGAAAAGACUAGCACAUUUGAGAGAAAUUCAGUUAAGAAAAGAAGAAAAAAGACAAGAUCUUCUUGAAAAAAAGCGAAUUAAAGAGCUAAUUGAAGCAGAUAAGCGUGAGCGUAAAGAACGGGCGGAACAAACUUUGGCUAUGAAAAAUACUGCAUCACAAAAUUUCUCACCAGCUGUUCCAAAAUCAAUGAUUAAUUCAUAUAAUACAUCUCGGUUACAGAUACGUGUUGAAGCAGGAAAAGAGUGCUCUUUGAUUAUUCGUGUAUUUUCUUCAGAAGAUACAUUAAGAUUUGUAGCUGAAAGCAUAUUUCCGGAAUCAGGAAUUAGCCCUGAUAUGGCUAUUUUUGUUUCAACUUAUCCAAAAAGAGAAUAUUUUGGAAAUGAUCUAGAUAAGAAUCUUAGAGAACUUCAAUUAGUUCCAUCUUGUGUACUUUUUCUUCGAUCCUAA